GAGAACCCGACCGACAGUCCGACGGCGGUGUUCGGUAAAGUGUGUAAUUGCAGUUAUUUUCACCUCUUUGUUUUCCAGUAUGGUUAUGUAUAGGCAAAGCGGUAACUUGCCAUAUCUAUAAUCUUCAGGCACUGAAAGAGAAAGUUUACCAUCAAAUUUCAUCCAACUGUUGAAGUGGAAAGUAUGAUCUGUUGCGAAUCAGAUUAGAUUCCACAUCGAUCCCGCGUUUGUCAUUGUGUGCUGACGUUGAAUGGUUGUUCAAUACAAUACAAUACAAGUGUGCUCAGGAUUAGUAGCAUCUGCGAACGCGAACCAGUUUUAGGUCUUCCGACUUCGACGCAUUGUUCUCACGGUUGCACAAUACAGCAGUUAUCAAUAUUAUCUACGGAGGUCAUAGACAGGGGAAAAAAAUCCGUCUAAUGAGUGGCAGAAGAAUGAGUUGGGCCAUCCGACGAUUGUUGCGCGGAGCGAUGCACGUGUUCAGCUGGUUUGUGGUCCCGUACUCGUACGUGGUGAGUGCACGAAUUCGGCAUAAAAAUCUUCCGCCCAUAGAAAACCCGUUGCUAAAAAUUCCGGCCGUAACGUUGGCCGCCAAGAUCCGAACGGGUCAGAUCAAAAGCGAAGCCGUGGUCAGUGCUUACAUCGAGCGAUGUCGACAGGUUAAUCCGAUUCUGAAUGCCAUUGUGGAGGAACGUUUCGAGCAGGCUCUGGAAGAUGCCAAACGAAUCGAUCGGGAAGUGGCCCAAGGUUUGAAGAGCGCAGAGCAGUUGGAAAAAGAAACUCCCAUUCUAGGACUUCCUGUGACCGUCAAAGAAAGUCUGGGGGUUCAGGGGAUGAGUAACACAGGUGGGCGAAAGUUGAAAACCAAACGAGUCGCUCAACACGAUGCGCCAGUUGUACAACAAAUACGGAGGAACGGAGGAAUCAUUCUGUUGGUAAGCAACACUCCGGAACUGUGCAUGUGCUGGGAAACGUACAACAAAUGUACGGGACUUACUAAAAAUCCAUACGAUUUACAACGAACAGUCGGUGGAUCAUCGGGUGGUGAGGCCGCAUUAAUUAGUUCAGCCGCUUCGCUAUUGGGUGUGACAACCGACAUCGCCGGAUCUUCCCGACUUCCGGCAGCAUUCGUUGGUGUCUUCGGUCACAAACCUUCUCCAUUCGUUGUGUCCCCUUACGGUCAUCAUCCGUCGUGUGAGGAUGAAACCUGGGGGAAUUUUUUCACUCCAGGAGCUAUGUGUCGAUACGCAGAGGAUCUUCCACUUUUGCUUAAAGCCAUGAGAAAUCCCGAAGGAACGAACGUCACGUUAGAUGUACCUGUCAAUCUUGCUGAGCUCAAAUACUAUUACAUGGAAAAUGACGGUCCGACUGGUUUAACAGAACCGAUUCAACCGGACAUACAAGCUGCCAUCAGCAGAGUGGUGAACCAUUUCAACGCAGAAAAAGUCAAUCUGAAACGGUUGAUUUGGUCGUUGGAUAUCUCCAUGUGCAAAAUGUUGCGGAUGAAAGAUGUUGAAACGAUCUACACACUGCAACAGGAUGGUCAACCGAACACUACUUUUGGCAAAGAAAUAUUCAAGUAUUUGUGCGGCUGUUCCGACUCCGAUCUUCCUUCGGUGGCCAUAGGUCCUAUGCAACAUAUCAUCCAGAAUUACAUUCCCAGUUCUAGGCUUGCCUUCCUAGAUGAACAAACCGAGUUGCUCCGGAAGGAUUUCAUCGAUAUGCUCGGUACGAACGGCGUAUUCAUUUACCCGGUGUUUCCCAACACAGCCCAUAGACAUUUUGAAAUCUACUACAAACUAGUCGACACGAGCUACAUGAUGGUGUUUAACACGCUGGGACUUCCGGCGGCUUCCUGUAUGGUCGGUAUGGAUCGGAACAAACUACCGAUGGCUGUUCAGAUUGUAUCUAGUCCUGGUCAGGAUCAUCUGAUUUUUGCUGUAGCUAAGGAGUUGGAACGAAAGUACGGUGGCUGGGUACCACCACCAGUUUAGGGAGAGGAACCAUUAAGUGAUUUGCAAGAUGCUUGUGAUGAGCUACAACCAUUAAAAAUAUUGGUAGCGUGAUAGACUAAGAGAUUGUUCUAAUAUUUUCUUGUUUAAGAUUUAUGACUUCAAUCCAAUAAUAAAAUUUUUUGAGACUAUUUAUUAGAAAA